AUGGAUAGAAUUACCUUCAGCGUAAAUGGAGAAGUCUGUUCGGCUGGCUCCGAGGUGGAUUCAGACGAGACGCUCAACGACUUCAUCCGCAACCGUCUGAACCUUCGAGGCACCAAAUAUAUGUGCAAGGAAGGCGGAUGUGGCAUCUGCAUAGUUAGCAUCACAGCUCCAGAUUCUAAUGGGCAAAAGCGGGCAUUUUCAGUUAACUCAUGCCUAACCACAGUGCUAUCAUGUCAAGAUUGGGAAAUUACCACAAUAGAAGGGCUCGGCAGCAGACAAGCCUAUCACCCCUUGCAGCGUACGCUGGCGGAACACAACGGGAGUCAGUGCGGGUUUUGCACUCCGGGCUGGAUCAUGAACAUGCACAGUUUACUUGAAGCCAAUGACUACGAGGUGACACAAUAUGAAGUCGAAAAUUCCUUCGGAAGCAAUAACUGCAGAUGUACGGGUUACCGACCCAUUUUAGACGCCUUCAAAAGUUUCGCCAAAGAUGCACCAAAAACCAAAAUGGUGGACAUCGAAGAUUUAAAUAUUUGCAAGAACAAGGGAAAAUACGAAAAACCAUGUAAAGAUUGGUGUAUGGUUGAGAAGAGAGACACAAAAGUUAAAAAGAUUAAACUAAAAGAUGAUAAAAUCUGGUACAGAGUUUACAAAGUGAGCGAAAUGUUUGGUGUCUGGAGUGAAGAAGGACUGGAUUCAUAUAUGCUUGUAAAUGGGAAUACAGGAAGAGGCGCUAUAUACUUAUUCGAACUUCCGCGGGUUCUCAUCGACGUAAGUGCAGUAGAAGAGUUAAGAACCUAUUACUUAGACCAAAACUUGGUUAUCGGAGGGGGGACAUCGUUGACGGAACUAAUGGAGAUAUUCAAGAGAAUGGCCCAAACCUAUGAAGACUUCUCCUAUUUGGAAAAACUUUACGACCAUAUCGAUCUGGUUGCACAUAUUCCAGUUAGAAAUGUCGGGUCGAUAGCGGGAAAUUUGAUGCUAAAAAAACGAAACAUGACGUUUGCCUCAGACAUAUUCAUAUUAUUGGAAUCUAUUGGCGCUACUAUGACUAUAGUGAGCGUAGAUAGAAAGAGCGAUGUGUCGUUGCAAGACUUUCUGACAAUCGAUAUGAAGGGUAAAGUUAUAACCCAUGUAAAGAUUCCGCCUCUGGGCCAUCGGUACAAAUUUGCAUCAUUCAAAGUAAUGCCAAGAUCGCAAAACGCUAUCUCACAAGUAAAUGGAGCAUUCCUUUACGAAUUAGAUCCAGAAGACGAUGCAACGGUUAUAUCUGCAAGAAUAGUUUUUGGAGGUCUGUCGGGGCCUUUUAGUCACGCGUACAACACUGAAGCGUUUUUAAGAGGUCAAAAACUAUUCGAAAACCAUGUUUUACAAGAAGCUUUGCAUAUAUUGCACGACGAAAUAAUAGUUGAAGAAAUCCCAGGAAUGCUUAAACCAGAAUUUCGAAAGAAAGCUGCCUUAGGGUUGAUUUAUAAGAGUUUACUGAGUUUAAUUCCGCAUCAUCUCCUAAACCCGCGUUACCUGUCAGGGGUAAUUGAUCUUAAGAAAAGCAGGCCACUAUCGAAAGGCACAGAGGUUUAUGACACGAAUCCAGUAUUGUGGCCUUUAAAUGAACCCAUGCCAAAAGUGGAGGCACUCAUACAAUGCGCUGGUGAAGCCACAUUCGUUAACGAUGUACAAACCAUGAGGAAAGAAGUUUAUUGUGCGUUUGUGACAGCGAAAAUAUUUAGUGGUUCUAUUGAACACAUAGAUCCUACGCCUGCUCUUCAAACUCCCGGAGUUAUAGCUUUUUACUCAGCUAAAGACAUACCGGGCAAAAACACUCACGUCAGUGCCACUCUAACAAUCUUUACACCCGAAAAAAUAUUAUCAGAUGGAAAAAUUGAUUUCUUUGACCAACCUAUAGGUAUAAUAGUGGCAAAAACGGAAAGGGUAGCUCAAAGAGCUGCGAGUCUCGUUAAGGUUACUUAUAACAAAGAUAACAGGAAACCUUUGCUGGAAAUCCGAGAAAUCAAAAUCGCAGAUCCAAGUCGUAUAACGCUUGAGAGACACUUCCCUCCGCUGCAAGAGCCAGGUAAAGCCAUCGAUCGUGUCAUAAAACAGACCGAGAAUAUAUUCUGGCAAUACCACUACUCACUGGAAACGCAAAGCACUGUGACGCGACCUAGCGACGACGGCAUCGAUGUCCUCGCAGCAUCGCAAUAUCCCGAUAUGACACACUUGUGCGUAUCGGAGUCUCUUAACGUGGAGCAAAGUAGAGUCAACGUCUCGAUACCGCGUUGCGGUGGUGCCUUUGGGUGUAAAAUCACUCGAGCUUCACUCAUAACAGCGGCGUGUGCGCUGGUGACUUAUUUGUUGAACCGCCCGUGCAGAUUUGUUAUGGACAUUCAAGCUAAUAUACGCGUUAUAGGGAAGAGGCUGCCUUGCCAUUUGGAUUACGAGGUGGGCGUCAGUAGAUCUGGCGUGAUUCAGUAUAUGAAGUAUCAUCUAUUUUCGGAUAUUGGCUUUAAGCAAACCGAUCCACUAGUACUUUUGACGCUUGACAGCAUAAGAAACUGCUAUGACAAUCGGACGUGGGACUUCAGUGCUUAUAGUGUCAAAACAGACACUCAUACCAAUACUUACGCUAGAAGCCCCGGUAGCCUGGAGGCAAUAUGUAUGACGGAACACGUCUUGGAAAGAAUUUCGUACGAACUUGACUUAGAUCCCAUCUACGUCCGCACCAGAAACCUUAACCCGCAAUACAAAGAAGUUAGGGACGUGUUAGACCGUUUAGUGAAAAUAAGCGACUAUGAAGUUAGGAAAAAGGAAGUUGAGGAAUUCAAUUCAAUGAAUAGAUGGAAGAAACGAGGUCUUCGUGCAGCCGUUAUGAGUUGGCCGAGUCCAGCCGCAAUUGAUUUCCAUAUCUUAAUAGCGAUCUACCACGGCGAUGGUAGCGUCGUUAUCAAACACGGAGGCGUUGAAAUCGGACAGGGAAUCAAUACAAAAGUAAUCCAAACGGUAGCAUUCGUUUUUAAAAUUCCCACUAGUAAAAUUCAAGUUAAGGCGAUAGACGUCGCAUCUGUCCCAAAUAAUCUUAACACAGAAGGCAGUAGAACUACUCAGGCGAUUUGCUUUGGUGCCAUAAAAUGCUGUCAAAUUAUUUUAGAACGCCUAGCUGCGGUUAAAACACCCGAAGAGCAUCCUUCGUGGGAGGAUUUAAUACAAGCCGGCUUUAUGCAAGGUGUUAAUUUACAAGCAGACUAUCAAGUGACGGCGGCCGACCAAGAGUCGCAUAGAUCGGCCGGCGCGGCCAUAUCGGAAGUUGAGUUAGACAUUUUAACUGGAGAAUUACAGGUCCUUCGGGUAGAUAUUGUCGAAGAUGUUGGAACAAGUAUUAACCCUGAAAUCGAUUUAGGACAGAUCGAGGGGGCAUUCAUAAUGGGCCUAGGAUAUUGGACUUCAGAACAAAUCAUUUAUGAUCAUGACAGCGGUGAAAUACUGACUGAUCGCACUUGGACCUACCAGAUUCCACAGGCUAAAGAUAUACCCAUAGACUUUCGCAUCGAAUUGCAGAGGAACCACAAUCCGAUAGCAACUUUGGGAUCCCGAGCCGUAGCUGAACCUGGAACUUGUUUGGCGGUGUCGGUUGCAUUCGCGUUAAAGAGGGCUCUAGCUGAUUCCAGAGAAGAAACAGGAUUCCCCCAAAGCGAGUGGUUCGCUGUUGAUGGUCCUUAUACUGUUGCAGCAAAUGUUUUACACGCUGAGGUGAACAUAAAGGAGUUUCUUUUUAAUUAA